UUGAAAACAGCAGGCUCCUAUCACGCAAUUAUUUGAUUGCUCAUGCUUGUGUAAUAACAGCACCAUGAAGGAUGAUAGUGCGGACUGGUGUGAUGAGAACCUUAAAAUAGUUUGUGAGUUAUUUGCCGAGCAAGUUAGGGCCAAGAAUCGAUCGGGAUCCCACUUAAACAGGCAAGGCUACAAUAAUGUAAUUGCACAGUUCAAAGAGAGGACUGGGUUAACUUAUACAAAGCUGCAGUUCAAGAAUAAAUGGGACAAGAUGAAGAAAGAUUACAGCAAUUGGAAACAAUUAGGAAGAGAAACAGGGGCAGGCUGGGACCCUGUAAAGAAAAUGUAUACCGCUCCAGAUUGGUGGUGGAAGAAGACAAACAAUCAAUUCAAAGGCAUAUCCAAGUUUAAAGACCGAGCACUUCAAAAUGAAGAUGAACUAUCUGUCAUGUUUGAAGAUCUUCGGAACACAGGUGAUGAUCAUUGGGCCCCAACUAGUGGUGACCUACCCCAAGGUACUGAAGGACAGCCAGGAGAUGAUAAUAAUAAGGAUGUCGACAUGGACGAUGAUGAUGAUAGUGAUGGCGAGGAUGGCACACCUUCUAGUUCUAAAGCAAAAAGACGUCGUGUGGUUGACAAAAAGAAGGUUAAAAAAGCAAAGACUAGUGGAGGACAGUGGAUGCAGGAACAUAUGGCUAAAAUUGUAGAAUUGAAUGAGAGGACAACCGCAUCUUGUGAAUCUGUUGUCUUGGCAAGAACACAAGACACACCUGGCUAUUCCAUAAAAGAUAUAAUGGAAUUAGUGAAGGCAUGUGGUGCUACAGCUGGCACAAAAGAGCACUUUAUUGCAACUCAAAUAUUUACCAAGAAAGCUGAAAGAGAGAUGUUCUUGACAUUGGAUACGCCCGAGGAACGCUUUAAUUGGCUGUCAAUGAAGCAUGAGUGGAUGACUGUGAACAAGAAGGGCUAA